AUGCACAACGUGGUCUUCUUGAGUCUUCCAGAGGCGAUGCAAAAGGUCCACAAGGCAGAAAGCCUUGAACCCUCAAGUCGCAGGGACUGGUACAACCUUUCUCUACUCUGUGAACUCAGCAACCUGAACAAUGAAAGGGACCACUUUAUCUUAAGAUACACUGUGCAUGCUUGGAAUAAGAUCCAGAGAGACUCCAGGAGGGAAUGCUUACGUUGCAUCGGUCGUUGCAACGUUAUGCCUUAUCGACAUGUAGGCCUUUCUAAAGAGGAGCUGGAGCGGCUGCAGGAGGCAUUUUUGGACUUCGAAAUCCAACGGCACCACCUUAUUUACGAUAAGCUUCUAUUACAUCAGACUGAAAUACAGAAAGGGAUGCUUUUGCCCAUCUAUGACGAAAGGUCUUUCCUGGCGGGGCACCUCGAGGAUGACAGCAUCGAAGGCUCUCGCCAGUCCAUCUUCUGUUUUAUAUUCCAAUGCUAUGGUAAACUCAUUCGCCAGGUUGAGCGACAACUUGAGCUGGAAAAGUCACGACAAACAACAGAACCUCACUACUCUGAACUCGUACUCGUAGAAAGGUUUCGCAGUAGGACUCGAGAUGAGGAGCUGCGCUACAUUGCUCUGUUGUGCCUGCAGGGCUAUGUUUGUUUGAGGAUCGCGGGGAAGUAUAUCGACGGUGAUCUGCGCGUACUCAUUCUCAAUGGCUUCAUGUGGUUUUGUAAAGGUGGCAAGAAUCAUAUUCCAGACCCUUAUGGUAGGCUGGGGUAUGCCCUUGAACGGUUCACGCCGGAGUAUUACCCCAACGAUGAUACAGCUCAUAAGCCAUGGAGCCGAGGGCGAUUUUUCUGGGACAAAAUCCGUAUGUUGGAACUUCGGUGUUAUACCAUAAGCCUUAUUGAAUUCUCAGUAGCAUAA